UACAUCCUAUUUCUUUUAUUCUCUUUCAGGUUAUUCCAAUCUGACCACCACACAGACGUCAUUAUUUUAAUGUUGAAUACUCAGACAAGGGUGCCAUGGAUGUAAAAGAAAGGAAACCGUAUCGAUCUCUGACUCGGCGCCGCGACACUGAACGCCGCUACACCAGCUCUUCAGCCGAGAGUGAGGACAGCAAGGUACCCCAGAAGUCCUACAGCUCCAGCGAGACGCUGAAGGCUUAUGAUCAAGACUCUAGGUUGACCUAUAGCAAUCGGGUCAAAGACAUGGUGCACCAGGAGGCCGAUGAAUUCUGCCGAGCAGGAGCCAACUUCUCUUUGCGAGAGCUGGGUCUUGAAGAUGUGACACCCACACAUGGGACUUUGUACCGGACUGAUAUCGGGCUGCCUCACUGUGGCUACUCCAUCAGCGCCGGCUCGGAUGCUGACACGGAGGCAGAUGUGGUCAUGUCACCCGAGCACCCCGUGAGGCUCUGGGGACGCAACACCAAGUCCGGACGCAGCUCCUGCUUGUCAAGCCGGGCCAACUCCAACCUCACCCUCACCGACACGGAGCACGAGAAUACCGAAACUGGUAAGUGAUGACAGUGCAUGCGAUGUUCAGCCUUGAGCUCUAUCAGGAAUGCCUCUUCUUAUCACUCCACCUUAAUUUUAGGUUUUGUGUUGUGGGGUUUUGGGUUUUUUUCAGACUCAGUGAAAACACUCUUCUAAUAGCCCCAUGUCAUGGCCUUUUGUACUGUCCUACAGAGUGUUUGUUAAUAAACUGCUGGAGAAGCUCCU